AUGACCAGCAUUGUUGCAGCGCUUGCAAUUCUGUUGGGUUCGAGAGGACAGGCUGUCGCCGACUGGAAGACUCCACCAUCGACGUACCUCGCUGUUUGCACGGCACUGGCCAAUCUGGCCAUGCGAUAUGCUUGUAUCAAUGGAGUGGUCAUCGCUUGGUACCGACGAGCAUUGCGCGGAUCGACAAUCAAACGACUACACUAUGACUGGCAUGCUGGAACUACUCUCCGGGGCGCCAUCAUGUCAGGCCGCCAUAUGGGCUUGCUAGGCAUCGCUUGUAUCGCUUCAACCCUGGUUGUGAUAGAUGGUCCAUUACUGCAGCGAGCGAGCGGUGUUGUGAGUGUUCCGAUCGAUAAGGAGAUCCCACUGCAAGUAUUCUUGGCUGAAGAAGUGCCGACUGACUUCAGUGGGUACUGGUACGAUCAGAAAAGCGUAGGCGUCGCCCAGACCUGGAGUUUUUCAUUCAAUGCUACGAUACCAACGGGUUACGGCAGCGCCCCAAAUACCAUCUUCACUUCUUCUGGUCGCAAUUCCAUCAGCUUCGAAGCGAACAAGCAUUUUCUGACUGGGGCACCAAUGCAUGGUAUUGUACGUGGCUGCUCGGGAGAAUGCAAAUUGAAGCUACGAGCGCCGGCACUGGCCAUCACUUCGUGCAGUUCCCACGUAGUACCGGUCGACUACACCCAGCGCCUCAGUAAAGCGCAGAUUGAAAGCUUGGCAUUACGAGGCCCACCGUUGAACACGGUGUCAUUCCUGGUUUCGGGCAGUCUUCUCGUGGAUGACGACUACGAGGCCAUCAACAUCAUCACUGGAUACUCAGAUGCCCCAGAGUGCACAGGCGAGAUGAAAUAUAGUGCUUGCACACUCCGUGCCGCUAUCGGCGAGUACGAUGCAACGCUCCGGGGCGACAACUUGACACUCGACAAUGGCUCUCCACGAAUCUUGACUGUGGCAAACAAUACUCGUGUCAACCGCAGAACGAAUCAACACAGUGGUGGCCAGCCUUCUACACUUGCCGCAAUAUCUUUCCUGAUCCGGUUGAAGUGGGAGGGUUAUGCUCUCCAGUAUAAGUUCGGUUCUGGUAUCACCAGUAUGUCAGCAGGGGCUGGCGCAGAGCUAAUGUACGCUGGAUCGUACUCGCACGCAACGUGUGCUACGUAUGCGAAUCCUCAGGACGAUGUGCUGCAGUUUGUGAACCGCGCGAUGGUCUACCUUGGAGCAGCAGCUGCACAGCGCGAUUCAACGUACCUGCAGACACAUAUGGAUGCUGGUACAACGGCGAAUCGGACGACUUCAGGGUUUGUCCAAGGAGACCAUAACGUCUACUCAACAGACCUGAGCUGGUUCAUAGCAGCAUCACUGGUUGAGAUGGCAUGCAUAGCCCUCAUCUUUCCAACGUACUGGGGUUUCUGGAGACUAGGUCGCCCCGUGUCGUUCUCGCCUUUGGAACUCGCGAAGGCCUUCGAAGCUCCAGCGCUAUCGACCUGCAAUUCGAAUUCAUCCGGCCGCGAGAUUGCGAAAAGUAUGGGCGAGGUCGAAAUACGCUACGGCAUUACCUCUUCGCAGGCUAAUAGGGGUGGUACCAAGCUUGUGUUUGCGCAUCCUGCUUUCGUUGUUCCCCCUCAGCAGCGGACAUUGUUUGAUAUCUGA